GUGAAGUGACAGUUCGUGUCUUGUCAAAGGAGCUGGGACCCCACUCAGGAGUAGCCAGUCAAAUUGAACAUGGGCACAUGAAGCAGGAGGAGGCGAAGGCAGUGGAGGCAACUUUCGAGUAUUUUCUACCCAUUUUCAGGAAUAAAGAAGCGAAGAUGAAUCGCAGAGACAGCAAGAGGAAAUCUCGGCAUGAGUAUCAGAACUCGCUGGGCAGCAAGGUCAUCCAGCGACAGUGCCGGCGCAGAAUGACCUGUCCCAGUCCGGCUGAAAUCAGCAAGGCCAAAGCCAUUAUGUCCAUGCCCCAGCUCACCAAGGGUCUCAAUCUAGACGAACUCCUCCUGAAAUGCAUCCAAUCCUUUGAUACAGAUGGAAGCCUACGCUGCAGCAGUGAAACGGUCAACGUCACACUCAUGAUGCACAGUCGGAUCGUCCCAUCAGCAGAAUUUGCUGACAAGCUGCUGGUACUUUACCGGGAUGCUUCUGGGGAAAAACGCAACCAGCUCCGUGUGAAGAUCUGCUACCUUGUCAGGUACUGGAUAACGCAUUAUCCCGCUGCAUUCACAGUGGACAGCAAGCUGGAGGAUGUGAUGUCACAGUUCUGGGAACUGGUCCGAAACGAAGGCGACGAAUCUCACUGUCAGCUCAUCGACACCUCAAACAUCCACAUGCAUGAAUGGACACGGAAGUACACACAGCAUGGCACCCCCAACAACAACAAGAAACGGAAAGUAUCGCUGCUUUUCGAUCACCUGGAGCCCACGGAACUGGCUGAACAUCUCAGCUAUUUGGAGUUUAAGUCCUUCUGCCGAUUAUCGUACCUAGACUACAUGAGUUACAUGGUCAGCGGGUGUGUGAGAGAGAACCCAGCCCUGGAGCGUUCCGUGUCCCUGGUCAACGGGAUCUCCCAGUGGGUCCAGCUGAUGAUCCUCAAUAGGCCCACUCCAGCUCAGAGGGCCGAAGUCUUCACCAAGUUCAUACACGUUGCUCAGAAACUUCGGCUGCUCCAGAACUUCAACACACUAAUGGCAGUAAUUGGAGGUCUUUGUCACAGUGCCAUUUCCCGGCUGAAGGAAACCAGCUCCUAUCUCUCUCAGGAUGUCACCAAGACAUUGAACGAGAUGACAGAGCUUCUCUCCUCCUGCAGUAACUAUAGCAACUAUCGCCGUGUCUUCAGUGAAUGUACAGGGUUUAAGAUCCCCAUCCUAGGGGUCCACCUGAAGGACCUCGUCUUCUUGAAUGAGGCCCUGCCGGACUAUAUCGAAGAUAAGAAGAUAAACCUGAACAAGCUUCAGCAACUUUUCAGCCGCAUCUCAGAGCUGAUCCAAAUCCAGGGCAAUACGCCGCCAUUUGAAGCCAACAAGGACCUUGUACAUCUCCUGACAUUAUCUCUUGACCUGUACUACACCGAAGACGAAAUCUAUGAGCUGUCCUAUACAAAGGAGCCAAAGACUCACCGGACAGUGUCAGUCCCUCCCUGCAAGCCACCCGUGGUUGUCGAUUGGGCCUCUGGUGUUGCCCCAAAGCUUGAUGCUGUCACAGUCAGCAAGCAUGUCCAGCAGAUGGUGGAUUCCGUAUUUAAGAAUUAUGACCAUGACCAGGACGGUUACAUUUCCCAAGCUGAGUUUGAGAAGAUCGCUGUUAGUUUCCCGUUUUCGUUCUUCAUUCUGGAUAAAGAUCGUGAAGGCCUGGUCAGCAGGGAGGAGAUUACCGCGUACUUCAUGAGAGGCAGUUCCAUCUGCUCCAAGCUACGGCUGGGCUUCCUGCACAACUUUCAGGAGACCACCUACAAGAAGCCGACGUUCUGUGACAACUGUGCUGGCUUCCUGUGGGGUGUAAUUAAACAAGGAUACAGGUGUCAGGACUGUGGGAUUAACUGUCAUAAGCAUUGCCGGGACAUGGUGGUGCUGGAAUGCAAGAAGCGUAACAAGAGUCCCCAGAGUGACAACACACUACAAUAUCCCAUGACCCUCUCCCUGUUGACGCCAGUCCCUCAGAAGAGUCACGGCACUGGUAACGAAGACGACAUAUUCACGUACCCUCAGAGUGAUAGCUCCGAGCACAGUGAUGAUGGCAAGGACCACACAAUCGUCGUGAUGGGUCAUUUGAGCCAGAAGAUCUCAGUUGGAAUAAAACCUGCGGUGGGGAACAAGUCCACACAGACUGAGCCAGCCAAUCUGGACAUGGACUUUGGUGUCAAGGCACCCACAGUUGUGAACUCCAACGCAAGAAGUUCCAAAUCCCGACAGGCUCACCCGAACAGGUGGCAGAGGCUUCACCAUGAGGAAACGCCGGAGUCGGAACACUGGGUGCAGAGGCUACAGGAAGUUCAGGAGCAAAGGAACCAGCUGGCAGCGGAGAAUGACAACCUUCACAAGCUGAAAGCAAGCCUGGAAGAGGAGAACGCCAGGCUGCAGGAUCGGGUCAGCGCCAUGCAGGAGGAGCUCCAGGCGUUGAAAAGCAGGCAAGAGCCCCUCGGCCAACCCACGGUCACCCUCAUCCUGCAACAAAUGGACAACCUCCACGUGCAGCGUGACUCCAAAAUCUGAACUGGCGGCCGCUGGAGGAGGGGACAGCGCGUAUUUAAAUUAUGAAACAAUGGCACUUAAGCACAAUCGUCAGUUUUUCUCCUACGUUGCUACUUGAGAAGACUAUUACGCCUCGGAGCGUGGGCCCAACCUGCUGAGACUAUGAACCACCCCCCCCCCCCGCCCAACCGGCCCCUCUCUCUCUCUCUCGCACACCCUGAUUCGCAAACUUAGUCUGUCAGACAGCAAGUGAGAAAUGGGCAGUUUCUAACCUACACUAGGCCGAAUGAUGGCGCCAAGUACUUCCAGGUCCCACCUCAGAUGGAAUGCAGCGUUUCCUGUCAACUCCUCCCCUCACCCAACAACACCGCCAGAAUUUUGACCUUCCCUUCGGGAGAGCGCUUUCUGUUUUGGCAGGCUUGACCUUUUGCCUCACUUCCGUUCUGUUGCAUCGAUUGAUGAAAUUGAUUCAAAAGGAACUCGGGUUGGACUGCAAUCCCAUUGAGAUAAAUUAAGAUAAUCCCUCGUGGAUUAUGUACUGGAAGAACACAAUGAGUGGCAAACGUUCGAACAAUUAUUGGUGAUAUUUCCCUGAACAGGUUCACAACAUUAACUCUACAUGGAUAGGCCUAAUGGUGGGUGCCAGUGGGCAGAAUGUCAUUUAGCCAAAAUUGAACAAAACUCUGACUGGGCUAGAUUGCUCCAGUUCUACUCAAUCUACUGUCCCUUUGACUGGCCGACCAGUGGGUGUUGCCCAGACAGGCUGGAUCCCAAUCCCUGUCCCCGCCGACCUUUCUCCGCUCUUUAGCGUCCAGUGUGUGUGAAAUUGCUCUUCCUUUUGGCCCUGGUCCCAGAUGGAAUCAGUGGCCUUUUGGGGUGGGGUUAACGGAAGAGCUGUUCUUCAUGGUGAGUGUCAGGAGGCUAUGGAUAUCCAGGAGAUGUGGUGGCCCAGACCUGACUGUGUCCUCGGCUAUGUGCAUGCACACAAUGGCUGAUUUGCCCAAACAUUUUGCUUCUAACCAAGUGAGGUCAGCUUCGAUCCCCUGGCGAUGUCCAAUGGGAUUGUCGUCUCAUCGGGUCAAACAGAUGUACAUUGAAGGCCGAAUGGUAUGAACCUGGUUACCAGUUAUGCCGCUGGUUACUAGUUAACCAGCUUCACGUUGGAAACCAACGGACAAAAGUCACCAGAGUCAGUUUGCUUGCCGCCUUAGUCUAUUCAGAAACUGCCAUUUUACGUGGGCAGGCCAAUUAAGGCCCGCCCAGCAUGAUGUCCACCAGGAAGCGCUAUGCACUCCUCCCUGUGCGGGUGGGAGGGGGAGAGAUUCCCUCAGCUGGCUGUGCGCUCUUUCUCAAAGUGGCCUCGCACUGGGAGCUGGUUUGUAUUAAAGGUAGCCGUGAGCAGUCUGGACUCGAAAGGGAACACUCUUGCGAGGCCGGUCAGAUUGCGAUUGUCUGCCUUAUUGUUGGUUUAAUUUGUGUCGAGCGUAACGUUCGAGAAAACUCUCCCUAGCGUAGCAGUUAAGGCCUCACCAACAAUGUCCUAGCAACAGGGCCUCAGCAGCAACCCCACUGCUGCACAGUUUUCACCAAAUUGUCUGGAUAAAGGGCAGUUUGGCCAAUGUUUCUCCCCGGUUGCCUCCUUGUAAGCCACCUGCCAUAGAAUCGCUAAGUAACAGCUGUCUGCAAGUUUUUAAAUUUGGAUCAAGCUUAGCUACGAUAUCCCACUCGAGCGGUUGAGAGACUGGAGAAUGUUCAAAGACAAAAGAUGAUUCAGCUGAUGCUCUGGCCUGUGAGUCAGAAGGUCCCACUCGAGGGAUUUGGGCACAAAAAUCUAGGCUGAUGCGGCCAGUGCGAGAAUGAUUGCCGAGGGAGUGCUGCACUGUCAGAGGUGCCAGUCUUCCAGCGACAGGUGAAGCCUGCCCUCUAGAGGUGCAAGUAAAAAUCUCAAGGCACUAUUCUGAAGAAGGGCAAGGGAGUUCCCCUGGAGUCCUGGCCAAUUGUUAUCCCUUAACCAAAAUCACUUAUUAUCUGUCCAUUACCAUGUUGCUCUUUGUGGGAUCUUGCUGUGCACAAAUUGGCUGUUGUACUUCCUACAUUUAUAAUAGUGGCUUGAAAAUUGCUUCGUUGGCAGUAAAGCCAAUGGAACCUCCUAAGGUGGCGAAAGGUGCUAUGGAAAUACACGGCUUUCUUUUUAAUGGGCUUUAAAGUUUAAAGUCUGAUUAAAAAUUUGAGUUGGGGGGGGGGGUGCGAGGGGGCAGGGAUUAUGUCAUAAACCAAACUCCUGGAUUAAAGGAUAUGGAAAGGACAUUGGAUUUGACGUUAUAAAUUGGUUCAAAAAGAACGAGAUUUCAUUACACAAGAAUGUACAAAGUUGCUGCCUCUGGUGUGACAUAUCUCAGGAGAUUUUAAUCACAUGAACUUCCGCCUCCAACCACCCCACCUGGUCAAACAGCCUCUUUUUCCCCAUCUGCCCUACGUUUAUAACCAAUGAACAAGAAUGUUCAAUUUGGGUUUUUUUUUUUAAACUUUUUUUUAAAAUGAAUUUCCUCUCAAGUAUCAGUGUCAGCCAGAGCAAUCUUCAAUUCCUGGAGACUCCAGGACAGUGCUGGAGGGUUGUCGACUCCCAAGAACAUAACACAACUUAGACCCAAGAUGGCAAGUCUUUUCUUACUGAUCUUAACCCCAUCUUAUCCACCCCUCUCUUUGCAGAAACCUGUCCACUGAAGUGCCAAACUCUGGUGACAGUCCAAAAUUUGGUGGGUAGAUUGUGGCCAAGAUAGGCUUCUCGGGCCAAAGAUGUGUUAUGUUUUCAGGAUUACCAGCUCUCCGAGGUUCCUUAGAUUUUAUCCUUUUCUCUGACUGACUCCCCUUGCUACCCCAAUUAAUCAACCAUUUAAAUAAUAUGCUGCUUUUCUCUUCUUCCUGCCAAAGUGGACAAGUUCACAUUCUCCCAAAUUAUACUUCACCUGCCAAAUAUUUUGCAAUAUAAUUUUUCAUACCGCCCUGCACCCCAAUCUCUUCAGAUUCUGGGAAACUACGGAAGAAGGAAUGUUAUCGAUAACCUGCUCCCAGUUCUUCCACCUCACAAUGCAAUUUAUCGUCAGGGGUCGGGUUAGCUCUGUUGGCUAGACGGCUGGAAUAACGCCAACAGCGUGAGGUCAACUUCUGUAACCAGAGGUAUUUCUUAGGCCUCUUGGCCUUGCCCAUUGUGUAAGCCAUGAUUAGCAACUCAUGGAAAAAGAGUCUGUUACAUGGAGGGAGAAUUUACCUUCCUUGGAUUGAUGUUUCUAGUCAUUUAGGGAUCUUGGUCAAAUGUUCCCAAACCAAUACCCGCAGAUGAACUUGAUCAUUGACCUCCUGCUGUUGGUGCCAAUUUGCUGCUACUUUGGCCUCAGUUAAUGCAGUUCCAUAUUAAUUCACUGAGUGAAACACAGACAAUUCACCGUGAUAGAAACAUAGGAAAUAGGAGCAGGAGUAGGUUAUUCAACCCUUCGAGCCUACUUCAGCCAUUCAAUAUGAUCAUGGCUGAUCCUCUAUCUCAACACCAUACUCCCCAUACCUCUUGA